AUGGCGAUGAACCGUUCCUAUGACGACACAAGGCCUGUUUGGUCUAAUCUGAUACGGAAAAAGCAAACAUUCGCGCCCGGGUGCCGUAAUCCCCGAAGUAUGACUGUAUUCUCUUUCUCCUUCUCUACCGAAGCCAAGGAAAAACAACAAUGCGAAUGGUUGGAUGGUUGUUGUGCUCGCGUACUAAUUCCAAACUUCCAAGUUGUCACGCGAGAUCCCGCCCGCCCAGUGCCGCAGCCAGACUCGGUUAGGCUGAGCCAGGCAAGGCAGGUUGGGUCUACUGCUGGUACUUCCGUACUGCGCAGUACGGCUGCCGUGGCAGAUCAAACCUACCGACGUAAUAGGGUGACUUUCGGUGGGGCUGAGGUACCACCUAUAGACUUCAUGGGUGUCUGGGCGCAAUUUUGGAAGCUUUCACGGAAGCCGCGUCAAACUUUCCGAUAGUCCCCCCUCUUGGCAUUCCCACCACGAGCGCAACCUCAUGCUUGACUUUUGAUCUCGGAUACCUCGCGGGAAAGUUUUUGUUUCAAAAAACCGUACAAGGGCCAAUAUCGUGUUGUACGAAGUAUUAUGUCAAUCAUCUCUUGGGUUUUCGGUUUUCUUCUUGUGCUUUCGUUAGAGUACUUUUUAUGAUGAUAGAGCAAUUGACACAUCUCACUGGAGGUUAGACUGGGGAAUAAAAGCAAGAAGGGAUUAAGACAAAGACAAGAAAUAUCAGGAGCUCUUCAGGAUCUGACCAACCCCGUUGCUGGGCUGGAAGUACCCCUGGACGGUAUAUUAUGAGCUGAGCUGGCGCACUAAAAAGAAAGAAGGAAACAGGAAGCAAAUGUGAGACGGAAACUUUCUGCGCCAGACCAUCGUUCAUCGAAGGUUCAAACGGCCAGCCAUGUGCCACGUAUUCCGCCAACUCAGAGCCUUGAUAAUUAUUGUAGCGUAGCAUAUGGUUUCCAAGCAGGUCAGCCUUUUUGGGUCCCGGACCAAGCAUGGGGGAGGGAGGAGCAUUGAUUGCGCGUGGAUGCUGUCAAUGUGACCGACUCCAGAUCGCUGACCUACCUCACCUAAGCAAGUCUAGUUCCAGUUCUUGUAUUCUUGGCGAAAGAUGUUCAGCUGCGCGCGCGUACGUAGGUCCCAAGCGUCCAUGAUUGCAUUCUGGAUGCUUGUCUGCUGUCGCCUGUCUGAACAGUUUACCAAGCUGUCCUGCCUUCUGGGGCUGCUGAGAUCGCAAUGCCGAUCCUAGACAAAAAAAGCUACGGCCAAGUCCGUCCAGAAAUUCCUUUUGCUCCUCAGGAACCUGGC